AUGGUGUCCCACUGCUACUCUACGCCUGCUCCUUCCUACAAUGAUCCCGUCUUUGUUCGCACCCACUUCCUAGGCCGUGUCGCUUCGGAUGGCUCGGGUCUCGACUACCAGCACGAGCUCAUGAAGCGACGCAGCAGCCGACACAGCGAGUUCAACCGCUGGACUGCCAACUGGCUCACACCGGUCACCUACACCAUGGACUAUGACAGCGACGAAACCAGCGACACCGACGACGAUGUCUUUGACCGCCACUCUCAGCCUGCCAACACCAACUCCAAGCCGACACAACACCUCCGUUCCCGAUCCUCGACGCUGCCAAUUGUAGACUCGUCGGUGGCGGUGGCUGGUCCGGUCGAGAUAGCUCGGGCUCGUUCGAUGACUGCGCCUGCCUCGUCUUCUUCUUCCUCCUCCUCCUUUGAAUCUCGUGACUUGCGAAAGAACAAGACCACCGUCGGAUCCGAGACUCGCCUCAUGCCGGCACGUCCGCUGAGCAUCAACACUGCUCAGCCCCUUCGUAUGCCUUCGCCCAACGUCUUGGACAUGACCGAUGAACUGUCGCUGCCCAUCUCUGUACCCUCCCCCCUGGCAGCUGUGGAUCCAUCGCCCAAGAUUGGCAGCCCGACUGUGGUCCGCAUCGAGUGCUCCGAGUCGGAUGGCUCCUGCCAUGGGGAUGCGGGUGACCAGGACCCCGAAGCUCAGCUGGCUGCGGGCAUCAUCCGCCUUCGCGAGCAACGUCGCAGCGCUUCCAGCAAGCCGCAGCGUCGUUCUGCUUCCAAGCGUCGAGCGUCCAUGGCUUCGCCCAACUCUAUCACGGCAUCUCUGCCUUCGGUCUCGGACGAUGCCGAUUCUGAUGACGCGCAGUCUCGGGCCAUCCGAACCUAUGGCGGCAACUUUGUGCUGCGAUUGGCAGAGAUGGUGCUCGACUUCGGAUCUUCCGCUCUCGAAAGAUUGGUUGUCAUCACCAGCGAUGGCGCAAUUGAAGAGGAUGACAGCAUGGUGCCAACCCGCCCCUCUCCGCUCGAGCCACGCCGACGUUCAUCGACAACCCCCAAGCAGCUCUCAGCCGAAGCGGGCGAACUGCUUCGUCGUCGUCGCGAACGUACAGGCUCUGUACUGUCCAGCGACUCGACGCCAUCCGACAGCGAAAGCUCGCCUAGAACAACAUUGACUCGAUCUUGGUCGGUGCCCAAGCUGCUCACAAUGCCUCUCUUCAACCCCAACGCUUCUCUCCAAGCCUUGUCGUCGUCCACCUUCUCUACACCCUCUACCCCCACGUCCGCACCAGCUCACCUGCAUCCCAGCUUUGGCUUCACCGCCAUCUCUGCAAAGCCUACCACCGCAAAGGACGAGUACCAAGAGCUCAACUCGUUUGAUGACGUCGCCACCUGUUUUGGCCGACAUAGCGCCUCUCACCUCUCUCACUCUACCAACGUCGUCGGAUCCGACGCUCGCGCUGUGUCUCCUCUGUGGAAGCAGUGA